GUUGGAGUUGCUGGUCGUGUCUGGUUAGACAACCUUUCUCCAAACUUCUACAGCAUAAACGUGGCUAAGUCUGGGAGUAUAACACCUGUCCAGUGAGACAUUGUUAGGGUAACUGUCAACACACAGCAGAUCAAAGGGAAUAGCUUAACCAGAAGUCCACAAACCACUUAACACUGAUGGCACAUUCCUCCCAGAUCAGCAACACUGGUUUUACUAUGACUUACCACUUGUCAGGUUAAGGUAAACAACUGACUGAAUCUCCCAGGGUUAUUUGCAAUGAUGUGGCACAGAUGUAAACAAAUACUUUAACCAUGGACACUAUGAGCUGGGUGGAAACUGCCAAAAAGCUGUCAGAAGCGAUUAAGUCUCGUGAUUUUGGCUGUGUUCGGCAUCUUCUGGACCACAUCAGUGAUUAUGACCACAUUCAGCACAUUGAAGCUUGCUUUGAGGGGACUGACCCUGUAAACCUUGCUAUUGACCACAAAGAUGAGACGAUAGCCUGCUACUUGGUGGAGAAAUGCUUCUGUACAGACAACAUCUACCAGUGGCCAGAAUCCAAGGCUAACAUUUGGAGCAGUCAUGAUGACGGGAGUGGGAAGUGUCCAUGGGAGUACGAUGCCUCAGAUAAUGCCGCAGACAAACAUCUGGUCAAGGUCAAAUUACUGAUUGACUCUAUCCGCAGCGGCAGGCGGCGACCAGGGGAAUCUCUCGUGAGCCCCACACCUGUGAUUAGAGUGAAAGAACGGGCAAGGAACAGCAGCAAGGGAAAGCCAAUGACAGUAUUGUACAGCACAGAAUGGUCUGAGGCUGACCAGGCCAGAGAUAUUGUCACUAAACUGGGUUCAAACAUAGCAACAAAGAACAACAACACAUUACUGCAUGGAUGUGCUGACAAAUCAAGUUCCCAUGUAUAUGUCUAUGCAAAUAACGGAGUUCCUGUCAAUGUGCAAAACAAGGAUGGGGACACGGCCUUACAUAUAGCAGUGAGGAAGGGCUGCCAUCUAGUGGCCGAGAGCCUUCUGCAGUGUGGUGCAGAUCUGUCUGUCAGAAACAAGCUUGGCCAAACGCCCCUUGAUGAAGCAGACGGACAUAUGAAGGCUCUUCUAGAAAUGUUUGAGCCAGGUCUGGUGACAGCGGUGUGUAAAGGAAACACUCGCAUGGUGACCAAACUAAUGAUCAGACUAUGGUGUAGUGUCAACUGUAUUGUCAAGGAGAACAAAACCAUCAUUGAACUGGCUGAAUCUAGAAGAAAUAAUCCUCCAGCUGUGUCAGAUUGCUUGAGAAUAUUGCAGGAGAACAGCAAAACAAGUGAGCUGAUCCAUGGUGUCUUGAGUGAGGAUCUUCUUACUACAAAGAAAAUUCUGAUGACGCAGAAAGGUUGGAGCAUCAAUUCUAGGUUUGGGGGUCCCUACGGGAAGACCUUACUGUCCUGUGCGAUAGACAGGAACAAUUUGCAACUGGUACAGUUACUGCUGAAACAUGGGGCUAAGGUGGGACAGAUGAGGGUGCAAGAAGCUCCUGGGUCUAGCAGAACUGAGCCCCUGUUCCAAAGAUGUAUCCGGCGACAAUGUCCAAUUAACAUUGCCAGAUUGAUGUUCUCUGCUCUCAGUCCUGAAGAACGAGAUGAGAAAGACAUGGACGGUAAUACCCCAAUACUACGUGCUGUCCAGGAAGGAAUGUCUCCCAACUGGAUACAGUGGAUUUUGAGAGAGAAUUAUGGGUACAAUGUGACAGAUAGGAACAUGGAUGGAUUGACACCACGAGAAUUAGCGGCUUGUUUAGGCCAUGAGGACAUUGUACAAGCUAUUGACAAGUUCAUUGUACACCAAUUGGGGAAACUGUUGCUGUUUCAUUUACCAGUGACAUUUUAUGGCGAAGGUAACACAAAUGUCACAGACACAGAGACAGGACAACCUUUAUUGGACCUGGCCAGAGUCAACAAAAAUACAGAUGCAGACUUCAAGGUUUUAAAGCGAUAUAAAAACAUUGAGGCCAGAGGAUUAGCCCUGUUUCAAGCAGCAGCAGCUGGCAACAUGGAGGAUGUGAAAAAUUUGAAUGAUGCAGACUAUAAGGACAAGAAUGGUUACACAGCUUUGACCAGAGCCAUGGUUUUCAACCAAGUGGAAGUGGGCAGACAGUUGUGUAUAGACAGACCAGUGCUGAGAACUAUUCCUGACAAUUGUAACCGUUACCCAUUGCAUUAUGCUUAUGCACUACCAGAGGACCAAGGACAGCCAUUUGUGCGACUUUUGUUGGAGAAAAACCCAGAUGACCUUGAACGACGACAAGACAAGGAUGGAAGGAUUCCUGCAGAAUACAGGAACAUUCGGGAUUCCGAAGAAAUAACCCAGAUGUUGUUUGAUGCAAGGACACUGAAUGCUUACAGAGAGAGGGUGCCACUGGACAGCAAACAAGUUGGUGAUGUUGCCAAGACCACAGAAGACGCAAAAUCUCUACUUCGACUCACCAAAGACAAUACUAUUUGAAGUGAUACUUUUAUAAUGAUGGACAGAUCAUUAUAUACACAAUAACCCAUCUGAUCAGACUUGAAAUAAUCCAUUAAUUUUAAUAAACUGUGUGAAUGAAGGUGAAUGUUUUUACAUUGAUGUCUGAAAAUUCUAUAUUUCACCUUGUUCUCUAUUGAUUAUUGAUUAUGCCUGAACGUAUAAUGGCAGCUGACUGAAAAUGA